AUGACGAUGGUAUUGUCUUCAAUCUUAAAGCCCUAUUUUUACCAAACGAUACGCCAACUUCUCAACGUACGUUUUCAUAAAGUGUGUAAUUCGGGUUUAAAUAACUUUUUUGGAGAGCUGAAAAAAUACAAUAAAAACAGUAAACAUGUAGAAAGUUCUCAAGUUAUAAAAGUUACAGAUACAUCCUCAGUCAAAUCAAUCAAACAAAAUCUUAUUUCAAAAUUAAAUUUUGAAUGCGAUGAAGAUGCAGAUCCAUUUUAUAGUUUGCCUCCAAGAACUUUACUACAAAUAUAUAAUUGUACUAAACAUGAUGAAAGAAUGGGCUUUUGUAAAAAUAGAUUGUAUUAUAUGUCAUCUCGUUUAAAAUGCCCGUCUAAUGUUCUAAGCAAUUCCUUAGCAAAAAGAACAUUUAUUUAUAAUUUAUCAUUUGAUUGGCUUGAAAGUUCAUUAAAUGUUUUAUUAGACAUGGGAGUAAGUCCUGAACGUAUAGUAAGAGAUUUAUGGGUACUUAAAUAUAAUCACAAAACUAUUCAUGAUAGACUUUCUAAGGUUAAAAAUUUGGGUAUCACCCACCUUUAUCCAUGGAUGGUGAGAUGUACAGAGCAAAUAUUAGAAAGGUAUAUUGAAAUAUUGCAAGAAACAAAAAAUAUUCUAGGGGAAAAUGAAUCCACACAGAUCUACUUAGCAAGGAGGCUUAAUAUUUCUCCUAAGGAUGUAGAAGACAUAUGCGAGAGAAUACCUACACUGAAAACUAUUAGAGUUACUAAGCUCAAAUCUUUUUUAGACUUUUUAAUCAGUGAAGGAUUUGCAUUGGAAGACAUAUCCAAAAAACCAAGAGUAUUAAAUGCAUCUCAGAAGACAAUAAAGCAAAGAUUAGAAAGAUUAAAAACAUUCAUUGAUGUAUACUCGGUUCUUGUUGUUAUUACCAAGAAUAUCAGAGUUGGUUUCAAACACCACCAGAGUUAUACGAAGUCGUUGAACCACCAUAUAUUGAAGAGAUUUAUGCAAUAUUCAACAAUUGCAAAGAGGAAGGAGAAUCCACUUCGAUUGACAGACAAGAUGAGUCGUAAAUUGUGCCUGGCGGCCGCAGUGCUGCUAGCCGUGAUUUGUUUCGCCGACGCCCAGCGUCGCUUGGCCCUUCCUGACCCAAGAAGCUGCGCUAACAGAGUCCGUCACUCAACAUAUCGCGAUGCACGGGGCGUUCUACACUCCUAUUUCUUCAGCUGGGAACAUGCGCCUACCCGUAACCUGGAGGUAGACUGGCUCGACGCUAGGAAUAUUUGCCGUCGGCACUGCAUGGACACAGUAUCUAUGGAAACCCCACAGGAAAAUGAAUUUAUUAAACAAAGAAUCGCCCGUGGGAAUGUACGAUACAUUUGGACAUCGGGUCGCAAAUGCAACUUUGCCGGUUGCGACCGUCCAGACUUGCAGCCUCCUAAUGUAAACGGCUGGUUCUGGUCUGGAUCAGGGGCGAAGAUCGGUCCGACUACGCAACGUAAUACUGGCGACUGGUCUUACACUGGCGGUUAUGGCCAGCCACAACCAGAUAACAGGGAAGCUGCUCAGGGUAAUGACGAAUCCUGCCUGUCUAUCCUCAACAACUUCUACAACGACGGAAUUAAAUGGCACGACGUUGCCUGUCACCAUGUGAAGCCAUUCGUCUGUGAAGACAGCGACGAAUUACUCAACUUCGUCCGUUCCAGAAAUCCAGGCCUUCGUAUA